UCCUUGUUGUUGUUGUGACCGACAAACAGUCAAUCGUUCAUUUAUUUAUAUUUGUACUCCGAAAUAAACAAAAGAUUGUUUAAUUUCACUUUGGCGAUGGCGAGUUUGGAUGAAAAGUGGAAAGCUGUGGACAACUUUGAGUCUAUUGUGGUAGAUCGUGAAAGAGAUGUUGUUCGAGUGACAAAAGAAUUGUAUGAUCUUCAUAAAGGCCGAAAGCAACUCAGGGGUGUAACAAGUAGUUGCAACUAUCGCUUGACCAUACCAUUCGCCCCUCACAUCUUCGGCUCAGGCAAAACGACCUUUGCCCGAACCUAUUUGGAGUUGGUGCAAAGGUUUGGUGAAACUUCCCUGUCGAAGUUUGCUUCAGACCCUUCGAGAAGAACCUUUUUGGAGAAGCUGAAAAGGGCUUCGAUUGCUCUUUGUGGAUUUGAGGAAGUUGGAGCCCACAGAACCGAAAGAACGAAACCUAAAGUGGGCAAACCCGACAACCUAGUUCAAAAAAUACGAGAAAUACUAAACAUUCCUUCUGAUCAAUAUCUUUUGUUGGCAUUUGACGAAGUUGGUGUGUUGGAUACAAAGGGAACCCUUUUUGAACUGGAGAAGAAUGACAAAGGUGUGGUUCGACCUUACAACGACUUUUUCGGUAUCAUUAGUCAAUUGUGCAAAGAACCCGACUUGUUUUUUAUAGUUGUUGGGAAAAGCAAGGGUUUAAGUAUUAAGAAUGAUGUGGCUUUUGGGCUAUCAAGAGUUAUAUUACAUUUUAUCCCUUUAUCACCUUUGGACGCUUCCAGUAUCGUUGAAUUCCUUGAAAAGACUCUUCUUGAAACACCUACUCAAGAACCGGUUUGUAAUGUCUUAUGUAGUUCUUCAUUUUCAGUAAAUGAAUUGGCAGAUUCGUUAUUGGAAUGUACAGGUGGAGUUCCUGGUUUGUUGACUCGUGCAGUGAAUAUGCUUUUGAAUUAUGUGGAAAUGAGAAAUAAGCCUUUUAUAUCGAAAGAAGAAUGUUUGACUUGUAUGAAUGACUACGAUUUCCGAAUAAUUUGUGCUGAACCAUUUAUGGAACGAAUAUUGAAUUUGGACGAAGAUAGAAAAAGUGUUUUUGAUUUACUUUUGAUGAUGGCUCUUUAUCGUAUACCGUUUCAAGUAGAUGAUAGAUUGACCUCGGAGUCCUUUUUAUAUGAUGCAGUCACUGAAAUGGGAUUAUAUCGAUAUCCUAUUGACGAAAAUACUUUUCAAGUCCUAAUUCCGAAAGUAUUUGUUGUAAUCUUCAAGAACGACCCUUCCAUAUCUUCUUUGGAAAAGAUACUUCUUGGAUCACUCGAUGUCGAACCAGUAGAUUGUUUCUUCUAUUCAAAGUGUCGUGUAUUUGAAGGAAUUGUUGCUUUACGACUAGUUUUGAUGUUGUCUUCAAAGAAUCGAAAUGAGUUGAGGGAAUUGUUGUGUCAAAUGUCUCCGAUAUGGAAACAAAUGAAACUUCCAAUCAGUACAAUAUCACCUAUUCACUAUAUCAAGUCUGUUGUUAGUUCUAGAGAAACAAGAAAUGAAUCGAACAAGAGUCGAAGAACUUUUGCCAGUACUGAAUGGAAUAAGAUUAUUCGAGAGACACUUUAUUUAGAGACUGUUUACAUUCCAGUGGACGCUACUUCUCAUAGUCCUGAUAUUAUAUUCAAAUUACAAUCUCCUGUGGAACCCAAAGUUCUUACUGUUGGAGUUGCUUGUAAAGGACGCUGGAAGUCGGAAGGAAUUGGCUGGUCAGAUAUUAUAGAUGAAGCCAAGAAAUUUUUAGAUCCUGUUUAUGAUCAAGUCUUAUCCAGUGCAAUGGAUUAUCAUCAUGGUAUGCUUAUUAUCGUUAGUACAAAGUUAUCAUGAAUGUAACGA